AUGUCAAAUAAUAAUUCAUCAUUACAAAAUCAAGGUAAGAAGAGUAAAUUAUCAGUAUGGGUAAGGAAAAUUAUGCAGCCUGCAAAGGAUAAUAACAAUGUUCCAUUGCAGUCAAGAACUACAACUGUAUUGAAAUCAUCAUCACCUACUGAAAAGGUAAAUUAUCAAAGAUCUAGUAAGAAAGAUACAAAUUAUAGACAUUCUAUUGAUAUAAUGGAUUCAAUUUCUAAUGACCCCGAUUCAAAGACUAUUAGUUCUUCAUUAAGACCAAUGUUCACUUCGAAUUCAAAUAGUGCAAGUACCAUAGAAAAGAAUACAACCAGAACUACUACAGAUACAAUUACAAAUGCACCUAAAAUUACAGAUACAAGUGUAAAUGCAAAUGAAACUGCAAACACAAAUAUAACUACAACUGCAGAUGAAAAUACAUCUAUAAAUCCACCAGCUAAAUUGUCAUGGGAUGAAAAACCUAAAAAGGUCAAAAUAGACUUGGAUUACAAUGGGUCUAGUACAGACAAUGCAAGUAUGCAACCUCUAGUAUCAGUUUGUUCUUCAUCUGUGAAUUCGUCCACAUUCUCUGACGUUAAUUCAAUACAAUCAACAAGAGCCACUGUUUUUUCUUCUAGAACGUUAGAAACCAAUUCAAGUACAAUGGCUAUACCACCAGCAAGUAUAUUAGAUAGAACGAGAAGGUCAUCACUGGCAACUCCAGGUAAUGCUAAUACUGGAAGCAUAUCUGGAACUUCAAAUGCUUCAAAUCAUCAUUCUGGUCCACAACCUGUUUCAAGACCAGGUAGUAUAAGACAUAAUCAUUUGCAAAGAAACAAUAGUGGUAGAACUGUGAAUUCCAUCAUUACUUUAAAAUCAUAA